AAGAAAGAGAGCGGAAGAGAGAAGACCCGGCAGUGUAACGACACGUAGGUAGGGACAAAGCCGAAGCAAGUCCUUUAUCCACGAAGCGGAAGGUUCGGACGACACAGCUGGAGACAGGCUGUCACCAACAAAGUCCCACUCACCAAUUCCUCCUCUCUUCUCUUUCCUCUCUCCAUUCUCCUCUUCCUUCCUUCCUUCCUUCAUUCUCUCUGUCCCUCCCCCCUCCCUCUCUCUCCCCAAUUAGGGUUAUCUGAUCCCCUUCCUUCCCUUCCUUCUUCUUCACUCGAUCAUCCUUUUCUGCGCUGUGCUUGAUUUUGAUAGUCAAUCUUUGAGCAUAUAUGUUCUGAGGUUGGUGCUUUAUCCAUACUCUUGGUGCUAUUAUGAGUGCACGGAAGGGUGCUCCUUGAUUGAUCUGGGAUGCUGCCCUGAGUGAUUAUGCAUACCUGGAUUGAGUUCAAUCAUCAUACUCUUCUUUUAAUAUUGUCAACUCUGUGAGUUAUACUUUAAUUCUGGGAAGAAGGCACAACCACAGAGGAUUUCUUGUAUCCAUGCUGUCAGAGAGCAUGCGUGGAAUCUGCACAUCGGGUAAUGCCCCUGUCGAGAUUUGCUGCCGAUGCAUUCGGUGUGGUGACAAUUUGUUUAGUAGCCAUCUUGAUUCUUCUUGGGUUGAUGUGCAUUGCCUACACAUUUUACUUCCGCGCUCAUAUUCGUAGUCCAGGUUUUGGUCAGCUCAAUUAUUUUAGUGGUCCUUGGAUUAUCAGAAUUGCGUUCAUCCUAUUUUCAAUCUGGUGGGGUAUUGGCGAGAUUAUUCGGUUAACUUUGUUAAGGCGUGUCUUUCACUUAAAAUGGGAGGAAACUGUUUGCAAGUGUUACAUUGUGUCAAAUAUGGGGUUUGCAGAACCGUGCCUCAUUCUAACACUUGCGUUUCUCCUUCGUGCGCCCUUGCAGAAAUUGGAGACUGGAAUUAUGAGCAGAAAAUGGAAUGUGAAAACAUCUGGAUAUAUUCUUCUUUACUGCCUUCCAAUGUUUGUUCUUCAGCUUUUUGUUAUUUUGGUUGGACCUCAGUUAGACAAGAAUAAGGGUUCUGGAAAAAAGUUGCCUCAUUAUUUUACAAGUGCAGCAGUUGCCUCUUCAAUGGCAGGGGAGAAUGAAACCUCCCUCUGCACUUACCCUUUACUCAGCACUAUUCUCCUUGGCCUUUUUGCCAUUAUCCUGACUUCCUACCUUUUUUGGCUUGGUAGUCGGAUUUUGAAAUUAGUUAUUAAUAAGGGUUUGCAGAAGAGGGUUUACACAUUGCUAUUCUCAGUUUCAUGUUUCCUUCCAUUAAGGGUUCUUUUUCUUGGUUUAUCUGUUUUAUCUGAACCCAAGCAUUUUAUGUUUGAAGCCUUUGUUUUCUUGGCUUUUCUUGCACUAGUAUGUUGUGUUGGCUUGUGCAUGUGCACGCUUGUUUACCUUCCAGUUGCUGAUUGUUUAGCGCUGGGGAAUCUACAAGACUUAGAAGAUAGGAGGUUUACUGUUGAUCAUAGUGAUACUGUGUCUCUUAUUGCUAACCAGAGUCAUCUGGAAGAUAAUGUUGAAGAAAAUGCUCGGUCUAGUCCUGGUAGGUAUUCUGAUGCAUCAACAAAGCGUGGAUCAAUUUCAUUUCGGACAUUGGAAAAGGGUGUUACUUCAACUGGAACAUUUGUAGAACUAAGCCUUUUCUCUCCGAGCCGCAGUGCAACCCCUCCUGGAUCGCCUCCUCUUCUAGGUUGGCCUAUGCGAUCCCCAACACAAGUUAUUGGUCCAUAGUGGCAGGCUAGAAACUGAAUAUGUUGGGUGAAUAUCAAUUUUGUGGAAAAGGGAAAACUGAUUGUAAAGGGUUUAGCUUCAAUAAGGCUUUUUUUCUCUCUUAAAUUUUUGUUAUGUUUGCUAAUUCUAGGUUAUAAUGUUUUUUCCCUGGAAUUUAUUGUGAGUACCUCUUUACUUUUAUGUAUCAUCUCGACAACUCUUUACUUGUUUCUAUUUUCGUACUUGAAAUGUUGGAAUACUCUUACGUAAAGGCAUGCAUUCUAAGUUGCUGUUGGUUGACCCAUACUUUGUAU